AUGCGAGAAAUCGUCACCCUGCAGCUGGAUCAGGAAUCUUACUUUACAUACUCCAGUGAUGAGAAAUCUCUUAUCGAUCACAACGUUCACUGGCGCGCUGGUUUAGGUGCUGAUGGCUCAGAAACCUUUCUUCCACGAACUGUCAUAUACGACCUCAAAGGCGGCUUUGGCUCGUUGCGCAAGAUCAACGCACUCUAUGAGGCCGAGUCAGAGUCGGCGCCGGAGGCAUUAUGGUCAGGUCAAUCAGUUGUGCACAAGCAGACGCCUAUCACCCCCAGCGAAUACCAGCAGAGUCUGGAUGCAGGCAGUGAACCUGCACAGCUGACAACUUCAAAUGUGCGAUACUGGUCUGAUUUCUCCCGAGUCUACUUUCAUCCAAAGUCGUUGAAUCAGCUGUACGACUUUGAGCUCAACUCGACCACUAUGCCCUUUGAGCGAUUCUCCAUGGGAACAGAGCUCUUUUCCAUGCUCGACAGGGAACACGACCUUGCGGACCGGGACUUCAGACCCUUUGCAGAAGAAUGUGAUCGAAUGCAGGGGAUACAAGUAUUUACUACCAUUGACGAUGCCUGGGGUGGCUUCACAUCUUCAUACCUUGAGUCCCUGAGGGAUGACUUUCCAAAGACAACGAUUUGGACAUGGGGCCUUCAAAGCCCCUUACUCGAUAUUUCUCGAGCCAAGCGUCAGCUUCGUCUUGUAAAUACAGCUCACAGCAUCGAACAACUCUGCACGCAAUCCACCACAGUCGUUCCUCUGGCCCUGCCUGAAGAGGACAUGACAACUUCAGUAUCCAUGGAUCGCCGCUCGCCCUGGCACACAUCUGCUCUCAUGGCGGCCGCGAUCGAGACAGCCACUCUGCCUUCACGUCUCACACAGGGAUCUUCAGAACAGGCAGGAUCGCUAGAUGUGCUGGCCGAGAGUCUAAACGUCAACGGCAACCAGCCCCUGGCGAGCAUGCGCAUGUCUCUAGCGCCCGCAAAAGACUCGCCAGAAGAUAGCCGUAUUAACGUUGAUUUCUUUCAAGUAGGAAGAGUUUGGAGCAGACAGCACGUUGCUAGGCUCGAUACUCACAAGCACGUUUUUGGUGAAAUCUUGUCUUACCGAGACCUUGAUCCUCUGGGGCACGAUAAUGAGAAUGGUCAUCUUGCUCCCGGGGAACGUCCUAUAAUAGGGAACUCGAUCGUACGAAAGUACGACUCGGCUCUUAGAUUCCCUCUGCUGGACGCCUACCCUCAGAUUUACCCCCAGCUAGCAGGCAAUUCCGACGCCAGCCUACAGACUACACUUUCGACCAACAGCUCCAUAGUGCAACGUAUCAGAACUUUACGGACAGAAUCUGCCCGUCUCGUGCCGGUCAAUGAGAGGGAGGACCUCGGCAAUGGCCUGGCAGAUCUGGCGGAUGCCUAUCAGGAGGGCUGGUUCAGUGGCAGUGACGAGGACGACGAUGAUUUAUAG